AUGUUUCGUCUCGCUGUCUCCCGUCUCCCGGCGCACCUGCGUUCCCGCUCCAUCUGCGCACCCGCGUCUGCAGAAGCCUCCGUGUCUGCAGAAGGCUCCAAGCCCUGCGGCUCGGACGUUGACGAUCUAUACGCCACCGUCCUUUCCGAAGUCCCCACCCACGGUUUCACGCCGCAAGCCAUCACCGCCGCCGUGCACGCUCUCGGAUGGUCUCCCGCGGCUGCGCGCAUGUUCCCGCGCGGUCCGCUCGACGUCGUCGACCGGCUCGUCGCGACCAGCAACCGCACGUUGGCCGCCGUGCUCGCGGAGAAAGAGAUGUCGGAUGAUCCCGUGGAGAGGUUCGCUUUUGCUGCCAGGACGAGACUCCAGAUGAUGGAUAAAUUUCACCCACAUUGGAGUAAGGCUCUCGCACUCCACCAUUCCCCCACGAAUGCGGGAAAUGCUGCCCGGCAGGCGGCUAUGCUCGUCGAUGAGAUGGCGCACUUUGCGGGAUACUCGAACCCGGAUGUACGUUUUUGCAUGGUUUGGACAAGCAGCUCACAUUUGUCUGCCUAGGUAACAAAGUUGCUUAGGAAGUAGCUGCUUUCGCUCUUGUAACUGGGGUGGGUUCUGACGAAUUGACGUUUUGUGUAUGUUCUCUUCCAUUGAUGCAGUUUUCGUGGUACACUGAUCGCGCAGUUCUAGGUGUGACAUACCAUGCGACGCAGCUGUACUGGAUCACAGACAAGUCGCGGGAGAAAGAUGACACCUGGGCCUUUCUAGACAGGCAUCUGCGAGACUCUCACACCGCUCGCAAACAGGCUUCGGACGCGUACAAGGGUCUCAUGAAUCUGUCUGAUGCCACCGCAAGUACUCUCUCCACGCUCAUUCGGUCAACACGCAGAAGCUAUUAAACUAACUUAACUCAAAA